CCGGCAGGCGCCGCCAUUGUGGGAGGUAGGUGUCAGUUCCAGGCUCCACUGAUACUCCGGGGCCUAGGCCUCUCCCUCCCGGUACGGAGCCGCUCCGGGGACCCUCACGGGACAUUUGGAUUGCCGCCUGAACUUUAGUUCGAUUCACAUAAACCGAAGUGGUAUGUCAUCAAAAAACAAGAAGCGUGUCAUUUUGCCAACUCGACCUGAGCCUCCCACGAUCGAGCAGAUUUUGGAGGAUGUCACAUGUGCCAGACCAUCUGAUCCAGUAUUCACUUCAUUAGCUGAAGGCUCUGAGGAAUUUCUGAUUCCAGUGAGAGCAGAAGUGUCGCUGCCGGAUGUUGAAACCCAAUACCAGCAAAGCAAAGCUUAUGUUGAACUGAAUAAACGUUUACAAGUGGAGAUUCACGAGUUGGCAUCACGAUCCAAAGAAUUGAAGAAAGCAGGGGAACAACUUGAUCUGAGUAUUUCCGAAAUUAAAGAUAAGCAUUUUCAAAACCAAGCAAAUGAUAAAGAAUAAUGAUUAGAACUAGAUUCUAGCUGAUGGAAGUUAAGAAAUCAGCUACUUUGACUGGACCGUUUUUGCAGUUUAAGUAUGAUUUUUCCCUCUGGUUUUGUGAAACAGAUGAAGAGGUGGCUUUACAUAUUUCAGAGAUACUGGAUCGAAAUGGUUAUAUUGGAUUUGUGGAGCACCAAGAUCAAAUGGCUGGACGACUGAUGAUAAAAGAAGUAACUAAUGUUAUCCAGCAAAGUAAAAUCACCAUCAUCAUUUUGUCACAAAGUUCCAUGGGCAAUGGCUGGUGUCGCAGAGUCUCUGAGUGGAACUUGCAGCAUUCGAUUGAGAAGGGAAGCAAGGUUCUUCCAGUCUACUUUAAUAUAAAGACAGAACAAAUUCCACCAGUUUUUAGACACAUUAAUGGACUUCAUUACGAUUCCAAAUUUUUUACUAAAAGACUUCUGGAUAGCUUGAAAUCAAUAAAGAAAUCAACAUACAAAUCUGCUAAUCAAAUGAAAGAUUGUUUAGAACAAAGCAAAUAAAUAUCAUUGGAGUAGAGUAGAAGCAUCAAUGAUCAUUACCUGUGAUUUUCAUUUGUGAUGAAUAAGUUGCAUUGUUUCAAAUUUGUUACUUUAAAUUUAGUUGAAUUUUUGACUGAAUAACAGGAGGAAUCAAAUCAAGGUUAUUGAUAUUAAUUUUAUACUUAACAUUCCCUCAAGUGUCAAUGGAAUUUCUAAUCAAAUUCCAUCUUCCUUUCAAUCAAGGUUUUAUCUCAAUAUUUCUAGUAUGAGAGCAUACCUCAGAGACUUACAAUCUUUUCAUAGCUAAACUAAUCUCAUCAUCACACAUGUCUCUGUUCUGAAAGGCAAGUUCAGUACUUUAAUAUGAUAAGGCUGAGUAUAAAUAAGCAAAUGUUAUCUUGUAACAGAAACAACUUGCAUUUCAAAAGCACCUUUAAAGUAGGGGUGUCCCAAGAUGCUUCAUGGAUAAAUAAGGGAAAGAACCUAUAUACUGUUGAAGAAGCUGAUAUGAUAUAUUGUUUCAAAUAUCUGGAAUUAAGGAGGAGUGGAAGUUUAGACACAUAUGCUCUGGGAUGGAAUCCUAGAACGGAGGAUCUUACCCGUUAUGUGAAUGGGAGUGGAAUGCAUGAGAAGAUGAGGCAGAGAUGAUGGCCUAGAGAAGUAGUCACAAUAUGAGUGAGCCAGGUAAUGCCCGUGGCAGAUGGUGGAAUUUGAAUCCAGUAUGCCUAAUGAUGACCAAUGUUGUAAAAAAAAAACUAUCUGUUGCCCUAAUGCCCUUUAGCAAAAGAAAUUGGCUUCUCUGCCUGCCUGGCAUACAUAUAACCCUAUAUAACACUACAGAAAUAUUGACUCAAAUGCCCUCUACCCUUGAGCAAUCCACUCAAUUAUAUGAAUUGCUACAGUCUGAAAAUAAAAAUGAAAAUGGUGGGCAACCUUGGCACCAAAAACAACAAAAUGAAACAGCCCUGCUAACCCUGCAAAGUACUCCUUGCUAACAUCUGGGGGCUAGUGUCAAAAUUGAGAGAGCUAAAGCCCAGACUAAUCAAGAAACAGUCUAACACAUUGCUUGUAUGGUAUCAUUCUAAAAGAAUGAACCAGAAAAGACCAUUAUUAUCCCUGAGUAUGUUUACCCCACUGGCAGGGCAUUCGUAACAGAGUUGGUACGUUGCUAUAUUAGGAGGAGAGUUGUUCUGGAAAUCUUCAACAUUGACUUGCCCCAUGGCAUUGGGCCACACAUGGGCAAGGAAGUACUAAAAGUGGCAUGGAGGCAGAAUGAAGUCUCCCAUCCAGACAUUGUCCAAGAGUUCAUUGGCAUUACCACUACUGGUUGGGACCUAAAGGGCAACUGCUAGACUGGGUCUGUGGCAGAUGGUUUGGAGAAUCAACAAGAAGAAAACCUUACUUGACCUCACCAGUUUACCAGCUGUAGAUAGAUCUGUCUAUGUCUGUAAUCAGUAAGCAUGUCUAUGCACAGUCUUUGUGGAGAAGUAGUCUCAUCCUCAUGUUGAGGGUAUCAUCCGUUACGUUGUAUGGCACUAUCACUGUACUAAAUGGGAUACACUCCAAACAAAGUGAGCUCAUGUAAACUGGCCACACGUGAGACACUGUGCAGCAGCAGAUAGAGGUUGUAAACACUGUGGCUCAGUCUGAGACUUGGCUCUGGGGGCAGGGAUAUGGAUUUUAUGAUGGGGCCCAAACAUGGCUUUGAUCUUCCCACUGCUUACCUGGAGGAAAUUGCAGUGAUUGAAUGCAGGUCGGAGAUGUGGUCUGACACAUAGGGCGGCUCAGUGGUUAGCUCUAUUGCCUCACUGUACCAGGGAGCCAGGUUCAAUUCCAUCCUUGGGCGACUGUCUGUGUGAGUUUCCUCUAGGUGCUCCAAUUUCCUCCCACAGUCCAAAGAUGUGCAGUCUAGGUGGAUUGGCCGUGCUAAAUUACCCAUAGUGUUCAGGGAUGUUUUGUUUAAGUGGGUUAGACAUGGAAAGUGCUGAGGUAGGGGAAUGGAUCUAGGUGGGAUGCUCUUUGGAGGGGCAGUGUGGAUUUGUUGAGCUAAAUGGCCUGUUUCCACCUUUAGGAAUUCAAUGAAAACUAAAAGGAGGGGAUCAGGGCAGGAGUUGGGGAGAGAGAGAGAGUGCCAAAUAGGUACAUUUCACAUGAAAGUCCUAUUAUUCAUUCUUGGGAUGUAGGUGUGCUGGCAACAUGGAUGUUUGCUGUACGUCGCCAAUUGCUCUUGUGAAGGCAGCAAACUGUCACCUUGAAGCACUGUAGUAUUGGGUAGAGAGGAUUUUGAUCUCAUGUCACUGAAAGUCUGGUGAGAUAUUCCCAAAUCAGGUAGGUAUGUUUGGAUUACAAGUUUGAAGGUGGUGGCAUUCCUGUGUGUCUACAGCAAUUGUUUUUCUAGGUAAUAGAGGGCUUGGGUUUGAAAGGUGCUGUUGAAAAUCCAUUGAAUAUUUGCUGCAGUACAUCUGGUACAUGGCACAUGGUACCACCAUUGUACAUCAGUGCUGAAGGGAGUAAUCAUUGGUGCUGUCUUUGCCUGGAUGCUACCAACCUUCUUGAUUGUUGUUGGGACUGUAUUCACCUAACCAAGUAGGGAAGAUUCUAUUACAUAUGCUUUUCCUGACGAUAUUUGUUUUGAUGUGGAUAAUGUGAAGGUACAGAAAAUAUUCAUGGAAAUGGUUCCAGAUAUGAGGUACCUCAGUUACAUAGAUGCAUUGGAAAAACACAUGUAAGUGGAUAAAUCCCCAGGACCUGAUAGGUGUGUCCCACAAGUUUGUGGGAAGCCAGGGAAAUGAGUGCUGUGAUAUUUGUAUCAUCGAUGGCCAUAGGUGAAAUGCUGGAAGAUGGGAGGUUAGCUAAUGUACUGUCAUUAUUUAAGAAAGAUGGUAAGGAAAAGCCAGGGAACUAUGGCCAGGUGAGCCUGAUGUCAGUUGUGGGUAAGUUGUCGGAGGGGAUUCUGAGGGACAGGAUGUACAUGCAUUUGGAAAGGCAAGGACUGAUUAGAAGUAGUCAACGUGGCUUUUUGUGUAGGAGAUCAUGCCUUGCUAACUUGAUACUUUUGAAGAAGUGACAAAGAACAUUGUUGAAGGGAAAGUGGGGGACAUUCUCUAUUAGACUGCAGCACGGCAUUCGACAAGCUUCCGCACGGUAGACUAGUUAGCAAGGUUAGAUCACCUAGAAUUCAGGAAUAGCUAACCCUGUGGGUACAAAAUUGGCUCGAAGGUAGGAGACAGAGGAUAGUGGUGGGGCAUUGCUUUUCGGACUAGAGACCUGUGACCAGCAAUGUGCCACAAGGAUCAGUGGUGGGUCUGCUACUUUUUGUCAUUUAAAUAAAUGAUUUGGAUGUGAAUAUAGGAGGUAUGGUUAUUAAGUUUGCAGAUGACACCGAAAUCGGUGGUGUAGUGGACAGUGAAGGUUACCACAGAGUACAACAGGACAUUGAUCAGAUUGGCCGAUGGGCCGAGGAGUGGCAGAUGGAGUUUAAUUGAGAUAAAUGUGAGGUAAGGUGAAUCAGGGCAGAUUUAUACACUUAAUGGUAAGGUCCUGGGGAGUGUUGCCAAACAGAGAGACCUUGGGUGCAGAUUCGUAGUUGCUUGAAAGUUGAGUCACCAGUAGACAGGGUAAUGAAGAAAGCGUUUGGUAUGCUUGUUUGUUUUUUUUAUUGAUCAGUGUUAUGCUUAUAGGAGUAAGGAUGUCACGUUGCAGCUAUACAGGACAAUGGUAAGGCCACUUUUGAAAUCCUGUGUUCAAUUCUGGUCUCCCUGCUAUAGAAAAGAAUGUAAAACAUGAAAAGGUUCAGAAAAGAUUUACAAGGAUGUUGCUGGGGUUGAAGGUUUGAACUGAAUAGACUGGGGUGAUUUUCCCUGGACCUUCAGAUGUUGAGGGGUGACCUUACAGCAGCUUAUAAAAUCAUAAGGGGCAUGAAUAGGGUAAAUAGCCAAAGUCUUUCUCCCAGGGUAGGGGAGUUCAAAACUAGAGGGCGUCGAUUUAAGGUGAGAGGGUAAAGUUUUUUAGAAGGGACCUAAGGAGCAACCUUUUCAUGCAGAGGGUGGUGUGUAUAUGGAAUGAGCUCCAGAGGAAGUAGUGGAGGUUAGUACAUUUGCAACAUUUAAAAGGCAUCUGGUUGGGGACAUGAAUAGGAAGGGUUCAGACAGAUAUGGACAAAUGAGACUAGAUUAAUUUAGGAUAUCCGGUUGGCAUGGACAAUUCAGACUGAAUGGUCUGUUUCUGUGCUGUAUGUUUGUGACUCGAUAACUAGGGCUGUUUUUCUUGGAGAAGUGGAGGUACCGAGGAGAUUUUAAAGUGAUGCACAAAAUAAUGGUGGUACGGGUUUUAAAGAAUAAAGCUGAAAGAUUUUUUUUCCCCCAAAUGGUCAAAUUGAAAACCAAAGACAGUGAUUUAAGCUGUUUAGCAGAAGAAGCAAUGGUGAUGCAAGGACAAACCUCUUCACACAGAGAGUCAUUCAGAUCUAGAAUGCUCUACCUGACGGCUUAGUGAAGGAUGAUUUGUAGUGAUUUUCAAGACACUUGAAGUAUUAUCUGAAAAGCAAACAUUUGUAGAGUUAUUGUGAAAGACAGGAAGACAGCACUAGCUGCAUAUGUCUUGAAGAGGACUGGCAUAAACAUGAUGGGUGGAAUGUCCAUCUUCUGUGUUGUAAUCAUUUUAUGAUUGUUCUGUUAUUUGAUGCAAACCAUGUUUCCUAGCCUGAAUUUACUUUGGCUCAGCCUUCAAUAAUCUAGUUUGUCGAUCCACACUAGCACCCCAUCUCUCCUUGUGCGUGAAAUUUAAAAUCUUCCUUCUUUUAAACCCUCCUCUGCUUCCUGCAACGUUUUCCAGUGCAUUGUCUGUUGACCCUCUGAUUUUGGUUGCUCGUGCACUUCCUGUAUUCCUAGGGUCAUCCUACUCUUGGUGACUGAGCCUUCAGCCACGUUGCCUGUAUUUUUUCAUGACUUCCUGAAAACCCCUCUUUCUCUCCCACCAAUUUUUAAAAAAACUCUUAAAAGCCUUUUUUUUUGUCAUUACUCUCAUACAUUGGUUUUAGCUCCUUUUCUUGUUUCAUUCUGAAUAUUAAACCAGUCUCUGUUCCUUGUCACUGUUACUAUCAUUGAAUGUUGUAAGGAUCCAUCUGGUUCAGUAAUGUCCUUCAGUAAAGGACAUAUUCCACACACAACCAAAAACAUAAGUUACUGGAAAAGCUUAGCAGGUCUGGUAGAAUCUGUGAAGAAAAAAAUCAGAGUUAAUGUUUCGUGUCCUCAGAACUUCAGGAUCCUAUUCCAUCCUUAUCUAGUCUGACCUACAUCUGACUCCAGACACAUAACAACGUGAUUUACUUUUAACUACAUUCUGAAAUGGUUUGCAAGCCACUCAGUUCAAGGACAAUCAGGGAUGGUAAAAAUAGUGGCCCAGUCAGCGACACCCACAUCCAUUAUACCCUAAGAAGUAGGAACAGGGGUAAGCAUUCAGUUUGCUUAAGCCUGCUCUGACAUUCUUUGCAUCCACUUUCCUGCCUUAUCCCCAUAACCAUUGAUUUUCCCCCCUACUGAUCAAAAAUCUAUCUACUCAAGCCUUAAAUAUAACAAGUACUCUACGUUCACAGCUCUCCAUGAGAAGGAAUUCCAAAGAAGUCACAACCCUCUGAGAGAAGAAAUUUCUCCUCAUCUCAGUCUUAAAUUGAUGCUCCUUUAUUCUGAGACUGUCUCUUCUGGUUCUAGACUCUCCCAUGAGGGGAAACAUCCUCUCAACACUUAUAUUGUCAAGUCCCUUAAGAAUCCUAGAUAUCCCUUCUAAACUGCAAUGAGUAGAGUCCCAACCUGAUAGCCUUUGCUCCGAGGAUAACCCCUCCAUACCAGGGAUCAUCCGAGUGAGCAUUUUCUGAACUGCCUCCAAUGAAAUUAUAUCCUUUCUGAAAAUAAAGGGACCAAAACUGCUCACAGUAUUCCAGGUAUGGUCUCACCAACACCUUGCAUAUUUGCAGUAGUUUUAAUACUCCGCUCCCUGAAAUGGCCAGCAUUCUAUUAGUUUUCCUGAUUAUCUGCUGCACUUGUAUGCUAACCUGUGUUUCAUGCACAGGUACCCCCCAAGACUCUUUGUGUUGCAGUUUUCCAGAGAUUUUCCUCACUAAAAUAAUGGGGUUGUUUUUAGCAACAAAAAAAAUGUUGCUGGAAAAGCCUUUUGUUCCUGAUUUACAGCAUCCACGGUUCUUUUGGUUUUUAUGGGGUUUUUUUGUUAGUCCUAAAAUUAACAACUUCAUAUUUUCCCACGUUAUACUCCAUUUGCUAACUUUUUGCCCACUUACUUAACCUAUCUAUAUCUCUUUAUAAACUGUUUCUAGCCCUUUCACAACCUGCCAUUCCGCCUAAUUUUAUGUUGUCUGUAAAAUUGGCUACAGAACAUUCAUUUCCUUCUUCCAACUCAUUACUCUAUAUUGUAAACAGUUGUGGUCCCAGCAGUGAUCCCUGUGGAACCCCACUGGUUACAAAUGCCAACAUGAUAAGCAAUCCAUGAUAGGAUAAAGAAAAUGUAACUAUUCAAUAAUCACAGGAUUUGCUUUCUUCUUUAAUAAUGUGGGAGAAAACACACAAGUACACAAUAAUUCAACAUCACAUUUGUUCAUGGCAAUGACUCAAAAGUUACACAAGAAUCAAGAAUUUAGAGAAAUAUGCAUUAUUUACAUCAUUUUUUCUUUCAAUUAUCCUCGAACUUACUGUUAAAAAAAAUUCAAUACUUUGAUUAAAUAAAUCAAAAACAACAGCCUAACACAACAUUUCAGAAAGAUAAUGAUGCAAAAUAAUUUACUUCACAGUGUAACACUGUGUAAAGGUUUCUGGGGAGCACCAACUCCAACAUAAACAGAAAUUUAUUGAAACUGUCCAUUACAGAAAAUUAAUUAUUCCUGUUAUUGAAGUUGCAGAUAUUAUACACAGUUCAAUGUAUGGAAAUAUUAUACACUGCUUAUAUGAUUUGUUUAUUACACUGGACAAAUCCAUCAAAAUAAUCAAUAUUUAGUUACCCUACUCCAAGAUUUGAGAUGUUCAGGUCUCAUUAAGACCAACUUGGCAGAUCUGGAUGGUAACAUAAAACGUGUAGUCCUUGAAAGGUAACAUGUUAUAUUUUAAUCUUUUGUGUGUCUGCAGUAAAGUUUAAGAAAAGAAAGCUAACCCCCAUCUAUCAGGAACUAAGUAAUUUUCUUCACAAAAGGUACAGUGACUUAUUAAAAUUAGUGACCAACAUGUUUUGAAUAAUGAUAUUACAUCUGAGUUUGGAGGGCUGGAGUAAUCUGAACCAGAAUACUAAGCAAUGAUUCGGUUACCAUUUCAAAAUCAUACAUUCCUGCUUUAUUUCAACAUUUCUGUUAGAGAACAUUUGUAUGGAACUGUGGCUAUAAAUUGUCAUGCCUCCACUGGAAGUCCAGUGUAAUUACAUAAAAUCAUAGAAUUUACAACACAGAAGGAGACCAUUCAACCCACUGCCUGUACCGGCUCCCAAAGGAGCCACCUAGCAAGUCUCAUUUACCAAAGCUAUCUUGCCGAGUUUAUGUUGGCAGUUUCUGUUAUAAAAGUGGAUGCAUUAAUUUAUGCAUAAUGAAGCACAUUGACAAAAAAAUUAAUUUUUAUGUACAACUAAAAAAUAUCAAUGCUUUUCAACAGGGAAUUACGAUAAGAAUAGUCCAGGUGAAGCAAAGUUAGAGGGCAGAUUAUAAUUGGACUAGGAACAUGUAUAUGCCCUCAGGUGCCAUUUCAAACCCAUACAUUCUUCCCUUAUUUCCCAAAAUUCCAACAUUCAGAGUUAUAAUGGAAGCAGUAUAUGUAAAUGUUUCACACUGUAAUUACACCCUCCUGUCAAUGGUACUGCUGCAAUGGGCCCUCUGGCUAAAGAAUGCAACCUCAGAAAUGCUUACAUAACCAGUUUAUAAUGAAGAUAAUUGGCACAAAAUUCGCACAGACAUAAGAUGAUUAAUAUAUUAAUUAUUAAUGGAUAGAAAUUGUGCUGCAUGUGAUUUUGUUCUUAUAUAUAAAAAGCAUUCUUAGUUUAAGUAAAUCAUGAAUAUGAAAUUAGUGGACCAAAGUGUAUUAGUUGGAUCAUUUGCUACUUAGUAUUUACAAUCACAGUAUUUAGUACUUGGAAUCUCAGUGCAGAAAGAAAAAUGGCAUUUAAUACAUCACUUAGAUACUUUUAAUUGCAAACUUAGCUAUGAAAAUCUAAUUUCCUUGCCUUUUGCUUGUAACACCUUUUAUUCUUCCUUUUCGUAAACACAUAAAAAUGGCAUGGCUUUUA